UAAUCUACGAUGACAUAUUAUUACGAACAUGUGAUAAGGUAGGAGAUAUAGGUUUGUUUUAAAAAAAAAAAAAGAAACGUUUCUCGACAUUUAUCCACUCUAAAAAUUUCUUCAUAUUUAUUCGCAUUGAUUCAAAAAUGAAUUUUUUUCUAUCUAUUAUUCUCCAGCGCCUACCUCGGCGUUUAAUUCUUUCUCGAAGAAACACCGCGAGUCAAUUUUUUUUUUCAGCACACGUUUGAUCCGUGACUUUCGUACUAUAUACGAAACCAACAACCUUUAUCCUCUCUACACUUUCUCGCUUUUUCCUUUCGCUAAUUUUUUUCAAUGGAAAAGCAGAAUUUAUUAUGAACGAAGGUCAAUUAGAUAUUACUGAAAUCCGGAUUAUCCGGGACGUGGGAAGGUGCAAAUUCCACGGAAGGUUUUGACAGCAUUCUGACAGCAAGAUGAUGGACCGACAAGAUACAGAAACGGACACUGAAGAAUGUUGCCCGACGCAGAGAUAUCACGAAGAACGACGGAAACAAGUGGAAUCGUAUCACGAUCUGAAACGUUGUCUAAAAUGCAAUCAACCACGAUCCGAGAUACCGCCAGAUUUGGUAAGGAGACGCGUGAGAAGAGCAAAAGAUCAAGUGCAACACUGUCCUUCUUGUCAUUGCCCUCCUGAAACCGUGAAGUAUUCGAUGGGAAGAACAAAUUGCUCCAAAAAUAUGGACGCUGUUUUGAACGAGUACGAGAAUCUGUUGACAAAUCCAACGAGUCAAACGUUCAAGAAGUCGCAGAGCAACACUUUAUCGCCGAGGCUAUACGGGGUAUCGGCUUGUAACGGAUCAGCGUACGCUCAUUAUCACUCGCGGAAAAGGCAGCCGAAUACUCAUCGACGGCAAUGCAGGAUCGAGCAGGAUCAGGUGCAUUCGAUCAUGAAGAACAUAUUGCACUCGGGUGAAAACGACAAUAUAUGUUACGAAUAUCCGAGAUCUAUGAAGAAUAGUUACAAGAAGGAGAGCUAUUACAUGAGGGACGAGCAUCAUCAGUUGGGCGACCACGAGGACGCCGACUUGUUGUACACAAGGGGCAGAUUGAGAUUCAACUUGGCCGGUAAACACGGGAAUAGAAAGAAGAUGGAUUUGGAGGAAGGAGCGGAGGAAAAUCGGAACGUGCAAGGGAAAAAGAAAAGCGACCCACUGCCGAAUAAACUUUCCAUCUUGAAAGGGUGCGCCUCGCAAACUUCGAAAAAUAACGGGGAAGAAUUGGCAAGUAUUAUUCCUUUCCUCCUCCUGAAUGAAUUAUACAAACGAAUUUCGAUCGAUCAAACGACAUAUUUUUAUAUCUUCCAAUUUCUAUCCCAGCCCAAGCAUAAAAGUUUGGCAAUCGACACGAACGAUUACGCGAAGGAGGAAGAGUUGCCAAAGGAAGACGAGAACGCCCGGCCUGUCUGUAAACCGUGCCAACGAUCCACCACCCGGCAAGAUUCACCUUGCAGUCCUGGAAAAGAAUCGACGAGCAACACGGAGGAAACGAGAGAGGAUAGCUCGUAUUGCGAGUUGGCCGUUAAGGACGAGGAACAAGAUAUUCCCAAUAGGAAGAACACGUACGCUGGAGGGGAUUUAAAUCCUGAUUUUAAUCUUCGAGCGACUAAAAGUUACAUCAUUGGUCUAAUCGAUCGGGUUCUCAGCAAGAAAUUCGCCACUUCGCCGGGCCAGCAAAAGAAUACAGAAUCGAAUCGAGAAUUAACAGAGCAAGGAUACUCUGUGGAGAUAGUACGUGCGCUUCGCGGUGAUUGUUACGAAUUGUUCACAAAGGACGUGUCCAGCCAUCACGAGACACCGGCCGAAUGUAUAAAGCGUUUGAAAAACCUUCGGUGGCAGCACAUGCAACACAUUCAAAACGAGUUUAAAAAACUUUGCGAUCUUCAAAAGUUUCUGGACGAGUAUUCGCCGAGGGAGUCCCUGCUCACGUUUCAACCGAACACGGUCGAGCAACGGCCGGAGGAACGACAACCGCAGCAACAGCAACACGAGGAGAAGCAGAAUUUAGGAACGUGAUUGAUUGAUUUUUUUUUUUUUUUUUUUUUUUUUUUUUUUUUUUUUUUUUUUUUUUUUUUUAAGCGAAGAUUUUUGGUACUUUUCAGGAUAUCAAAUAUC